AUAAUCAUCAUCUCCAUUUGGCAAUAAAAGUAUUCCAACACCAAAUAAAACCAUAUGUUUUUUGAUCCAAUUGGAGAAUUUGUUUACUGUAAAAACCUUGGCCUUUCUCUCUUUAGAUAAUAUAUGGGGGCAAAAUGAGGGGAGGACCCAAUCUUCAACAAAUGCUCCAAUCUUGUGUGACCCUUUUUCUCACCAACCUGUGAAAAAAGAGUGAGCUUUUCUCUAUCCCCCACCCCCCGAAAAAAAAAUUAAUUAUUUUCAAGAUUCUUUUUUCUUUUUUUCAUUUAUUGUUGUCAUCAACCUUACAGUUCUUUUACUUUAUAGUGGUGGCAUAGUUGUUUAUUUUUAUUGGUGGGGUUUGUACUUCAUUUGUUCCAUUAAAAUGGGUAGCCUUUAGAUUCUUUUGUUUUUUUUUAAUUGGAUUGUUUUUGGGUGUGCUUUUUAGGGAUUGGGGUUGUUGGUUGUGGUUGUUGAGCAUGGCUUGUGAUUGUUCUUAAGGUUUUUACAGGUUUGACAAGUUGUGUUUGGUGUUUCUGGCUAUAGAAAAUUGAAUAUGUUUGGACAUUGAUUGUUGAUUGAAGAGUAAUCUUAUAUCAUUUGGUGAUUUUUCGCUCUUUUUUUUCGGUUUGCAUUAGGGUUCUUGGCUAUAGACCCUUGUGGUCCGGCCCUUCUUUGGACCGUGCGUAUAGCGGGAGCUUUAGUGCAUCAGAUUGCACUUCUUUUAGUUAGGGUUAUAGCUUAUCAAGAAGAGAACUUUUUUACCUUUCUAGUGAACCUAGAUAAGUUUGUCUUUGUCUUUGUUUCACUUGGAGAAAUUGAGGGAAUUCUUGUUCUUUUCAUACCCAUUUGAAUUAAAACAAAGAGGUUUAGUAUUGACUUCUGGUUCAUUGUGAUUAUAUCUUGUUUUAGUGUUGGAGAAGUUUUAGACGAUUCUAACAGGGAGAUUCGGGUUGUAGAACUAGGUUAGUAUAUCUGCUGUGAGGAUUGCAGUGGAUAUGGAUAUUUGGGUUGUGGCUGCAGCUGCUGGUGCUGGGUAUAUAGCUCAGCAUUGGAAGAAUCUCUUAAGAAGUAGGCAUGAUUUGUUAGAAUCAUCUCCUGGUAGUCCUAGUUUAAUAAGAAAUGACUCGCUAAUGCGUAUGCAUCAAGUCCUGGAUAAGAAUUGUUCCUCCCCCGUAGAGACACCGAGAAAGAAACUAGGUGAUCGUGCUGCUGAAGGAUUGGCUUUUCAUGAUCCGGAAGUGGGCACCAGUAGUUUGAGUGGUGAAAGACUAUGGACGUCACGUGCUUCUGAUAGUUUCGAUUUGAACUAUGGGGUUCCGAGUGAUAAAGAACUUCAAGGAGAUCAGGGUGGAAGCAUAUGUGGUAACAUCAAUGAACUGGGAUAUGAGCCAGCACUCUCCCCUUCUACAACUGAAUUGGCCUUUUCUUAUGGUACUUCAAGAAAAAAUAGCAACGUUAGGAGUAGAAGAAAAAUUGGGCAUCUUAUAAAGCCUUUGAAUUCUCUAGAAAGCUGUCUCAUGGCGCAAUUAUACAAGGAACGUGGUGAAGACUAUAUUUACAGUUCAAACUCUUCACCAUGGACUCCAACUGUGCGGCCUUUUGUAGUUACUGACGGGAGCAAAAUCAUAAGCAGAGCUAAUUCUAAUUCUUUAAGUGCCUCAAGAGGUGCUGGACAUCAUAAGCAGAAGGAUAACUUUUCAUCAAUGAAUACUUUGUUUGGAGUCCCUCAGCUACCUAUUGUUGGAUCCAUGGAGCUCUUGAGGAAAGACAAGGUGAAGGAUCAUUCUGGAAGAUUAAGUGAUUCCAUUGGAAUGAACAAUGAGAGACAAAGCAGUUUACAAGG